UCAAGACCCUCUCCUACUACGGGUUGUUUAUCCCCCGGUUCCUGUACCAUUUCAUAUACAAUUACCACAAUGUCGAAAUUCUCAAAACGACCAAAAUCUACGUCCCCCUCGCUCCCCACUUCUCCGGGUGGCUGUGGAUUUUCGGCGUGAUUCCCAUUCCGUUCUAUUCCGUGCAACUUCCAGGUGGGGUGGUGCCAUUCUUAGAUUCGGGACAUCUGACGGAAUUCGUACGGAGAAGCGAAGUACAGG